UCAUAUUCUUGAUUAACGUGCUUUUUUUGAGCUGGAGAAAACAUUUUUUGAAAACUUUGAUGACAUUUCAAUCCGUUGCUAGUGUGCUAUCAUCUCAUUUAUAAAAUUACUCAGCAGCCACGGCACCUGCUGUGGACUUCAUUUUAGUUCACAAAACAGUCCAGUUUCUGUCAGCAGUUUUUUUUUUUUGGAAUUACUGGAAAACCUAAAACAUUUUUAAAAAGACUUUUUUAAAUCCUCUUGUCACAAUGAGUAGAGGCGACACCGCCGCAGUUUCACCGCAGGGGCCUCAGCUCCUUAAACGAGCUGUACGUAAAAUUAAAUGUGCUGCCAUGGUGGCAAAUUUGGCCAAGAGUUGGCAAGGAUGGGCCAAUGAACAUAGUGGCAAACAAGAGGCUAUUCCAAGUGGCUGGAUGCCUUCGUCUGUCGAGGAGGAGGACAGAAAAGAACACAACCACGCGGUCAAACUCAGCGUUACGCCACGCGUAAUCAAAGCAGAUCCCAGCGAUGCCGGAGAAAACAAAAUCCGGACCUGCGCCGUGACCAAGUCUGUCCAGCUGAAGCGCAGCGAGUGCAGCAGCAACAAUGUCAUCAACGAAAUCCGUGACAAGAUGGAGUCGGGUCCAGAAGAGAGCAAGAAGUUCUUGGGCAACGAGUCGCCCACGCGUCGCCGUCAGAUGAGGGCGCUGCAGAGCGCAGACGCAGGAGCAGGUGGGAGCGUUCAGGACAAGAAGGUGAUGCUCCAGGAGAAGAAGCUGAGCUCCAGGAACAGCAGCGUGGACACAGAGGACAGCGGACUUGGAGAGGAAGGAGGACUCAGCGACAACAGCGACUCAAAAGUCGAACAAAGUAAUGGCCAGGCUAAAACGCAGGCCGGCAGACCAAAGAUUAAGAUUGCCUCCAUGACUGACAUCAAAAGCCGCUGGCAGCAGUGGUCUGAGCAGCACAUGGAAGGCCAGAAACUAAACCCGUUCAGCGAGGAGUUUGACUACGACUUUGCGAUGUCCCAGCGUCUCCGCAAAGGGGAUUCUGGCUACGGUCGGCCCAAAGACGGCUCCAAAACCGCGGAGAGAGGCGACCGGGCCAACAAGCACAUCCACAGAGAGAUGGAGGAGAUGGUGUGGAUAAUCAGAGACAUGGGCUUGAAAGACAAGGAGGGUCGGACGGUCAUCACCUUUGGACGACUCUUUGACCGCUACGUGAAGAUUUCAGACAAGGUGGUGGGCAUCCUCCUGCGCUGCCGCAAACACAAGAUGCUGGACUUUGAGGGGGAAAUGCUGUGGAAAGGACAGGACGACCACGUUAUCAUCACACUGAGGGAUUGAGGACAGAUGAGCGAUGCUGCAACUCUUUCAUGAGCAACGUCGUGUACCCAAAAGGAAUACAUGAACACUUGCAGGCAAAACAAAAAUGUGCAAUUAUAUAUUUCAAACAUGGUACUAGAAUGUAGGCGGGUUUCUUUAGCUGGAAGCUCUCUUUUCAUCUGUGAACACUUUCAUGCACACACGUUUCCCUAUGAGCCUCAUUAGUUCUUCUCAUAUAUGGGACAAAUGCCGCGAUGAGGGGUUGCUAUCUUUAGCAUGCUAACUAUGUGUGUCUUGCUAACUACGCUACAUGCUAGAGGCCUGUUAAAAAUGCCAGUUAUGUCACGACUUUACUCUGACGGCAGAUGCAGAAGCAACACUCUGGCAGAUGAUCUGUAAACAGUCAUAUCAAGACAUUGUUUUGAUGUUUUAGCACAUUAUGCUGGAAGCAUUUCAUAAGAAUUCAUUAUAAAAAAAAACAUUAAGAUAAAGCCCAAAUAAUGUUUCAAUUUAGUUGUAGUUUAAGGCUUUACUAAUAGAUUUACAGCAUAAUUUUAAGUGAAAUGUGCGGGAGAAAAGAAUUAUGCCAACUGAAUUCACAAUGAGAACUCAGCGAAUGUUUUUACUUCAGUGAAAGUGUAUCUUUUUUAUGGGGUUGUCAUUUCUUUGAACAGCACUUCAUAUUCUGCAAAUGCAUUUAGUGUAAAAAGAUUAAAGGAUUUUUCUUGUGAAUGGAUUUAGCAAAGCUCUCUAACACAAACUUGCACGUUAGAUCUUGAUGGUAAUCAGAUGCUGAUGGACCGUAAAAGGAAUCUUAAUUAUUUUUUUGUUACAUGGGUGAUGUGAAAUAUUUGUAAACUGAAAUGUUUUACUUAAUUUUUUUCGACAUAGUACAUCCACUCUCAGAAUGGUCAGAAAUCGAGUAAAUCGUAAAUAGCAGAGGUGUUUAAAUGCGUGAACAAUUUUUUUCUUUCAAAAUGAAAGUGUGGAAAUCUUCUUACAGAAGGAACAUUUUUAUUUUAAAAAAAUGUGCAAGGUAAUAUACCACAUUUUCUGUCGUGUUUGCUUUGAUCAAAGUGUAAUAAUAUGGUAGCAAAUAAAUUCUGAAAGAGA